AUGCUGGUUCUGGCGCCCUAUCAGCCGCCGGAGAAGAAGGCCAAGAAGAAGGCCAAGGGGGCCAAAGGUGGUCCCCAUCGCAAGGGUGCUUCGGACGUGACGUCCGAAGACGAAGAGACCCGUUCCUCCGCCACUGACAACGACGAAGAAGAGGAAAAGGAGAACAACCCUCCCUCUGAUGGGGGAAAGAGGAAGAGGGUGGCCUCUAGGAACUUGGAGGCGGAGACGUCCAAGAAGUGGAAGGGCUCCCUUGCAGAUAACUCUGCUCUGGCCCACGACAGCUCCCAGCGAUCCUCAUCAAGGGGUUCGUUGGCUGCAAAAGCGAUGGCCAGUGAGUCACCGCCGGCCGCUCACUCUCCCAAGGCCAAGGGUGACGCUGAGGCGUUGCUGCUGGCCGCCGCCUCACACACUGUUGAAGUCUCCGGACUGAAGCAGAGAUUGGAGCAGGCUGGGGAGGAGCUCGGCGAGAUGAGGAGGCAGCUCCAAGAGAAACAAGGGGCUGCGUCCGAGGUCGAGGCCCUUAUGAAGGCACUGGCCGAGGCCGAGGAGAAAGCCGCUAAGGAGCAAGUCUCCCGCAAAAAUCAUGAGACCCGACUCAAUGAGGUCCAGCAAGAGCUGCAGGACGCUGUAAAAAGGUGCUAG